AUGUCCUCCAACCCGCGCUGCUUCAUCGUCCGUCACGGCGAGACUGAAUGGUCGCUGAAUGGAAAACAUACAGGCACUACAGACCUGCCUUUGACAGAGGACGGAGAGAAACGAGUAAAAACUACCGGAAAAGCACUUGUAGGACAUGAUCGAUUGAUAGUCCCCGGAAACCUGGCGCACAUAUAUGUCUCUCCUCGUCACAGAGCGCAGAGAACCCUCGAAUUGCUCGAGAUAGGAUGCAAAGAACGACUUCCCUGGUUAGACAAAAGGCAGAACACACCUUUACGUACAGAAGCACAUGUGGAAAUUACCGACGCGAUUCGUGAAUGGGAUUAUGGGGAUUAUGAAGGGAUGACGAGUGCGGAGAUCCGAGAGCUGCGUGCUAAGAACGGAGAGGGGCCGUGGGAUAUUUGGCGUCACGGAUGUCCUGGCGGAGAAUCGCCAGAUGAUGUCAUCCGACGCCUAGACGUGCUCGUUACCGAAAUCAGAUCAAAAUAUCACAGCAAAGCUAUGUCCAAGUCGGCGGACGAGUCUUUGAAUGGUGAUGUUCUAAUCGUGGCCCACGGUCACAUUUUGCGAGCGUUCGCCAUGCGCUGGAUUGGGAAACCGCUUACAGAUACGGCAUUCAUUCUGGAGGCUGGAGGUGUGGGAACGCUGAGUUACGAACAUCACAACAUUGACGAGCCGGCCAUUAUCCUUGGGGGAGCAUUUGUUGUUGGUGACUAA